AAUAAUUUGUAUUUUUAUUUAUACAUUUUUAUAUUUAUUUUUUUAACCAUUUGUUUAUGCGUUCCUAUGGGGACUUUUAUUCUAUCCUCAUUAAACUGCGUCACCGGAGUAUUGCGCGCACACCGUGAAGGUGCACAAGUAGAUUGAAGUGUUUCUAAACUUGUAAAUGAAAUUAACUAUUUGCUACUCAUCGUGAAUGAAGUCAUCCGGUCACUCCAGAGAGAGCAGACGGGCAUUCGUAGUUGUUCUCUUGCAGUUGUUUUAAGGGCUUCGCUCUUUGCGUGCACUAUGGACGGAACUGUGGCCAGAGUUGUGGAGGAGGGAUCCACGCGUGGGUCCUUUCGGACAGACGCUUCCCUCAGCGGAGAGGAUGAGAGCCGUGACACCGACCACAGCCAGAAAUCCCAUGAACAACAUCAUGACGACGAGCGCUCCCUGCCUCUUAGGGAAUUUUAUCCCUAUAUCCGCUGUGCCCUCUGCAAUGGAUUUUUUAUUGAUGCCACCACCAUCACAGAAUGUCUUCACACUUUUUGUAAGAGCUGCAUUGUCAAGCACUUUUUCUGCAGCAACAGGUGUCCAAACUGCUCGAUUGUUGUGCACCAGACACAGCCACUGUACAGUAUCAGACCUGACAGGCAAUUACAAGACAUUGUUUUCAAGAUGGUUCCAUAUUUGGAAGAGGAUGAAAGGACACGAAUAUAUGCAUUUUAUAAACAGAGAGGGCUUGAUAUUCCUAAGCCAGUGGCAUCUCCAGCUACAUACCCAGUGAAGCCGCCUCAGAGACAGAAGAAAGACAUGCUGUCUCAGUCUGUUUUCACUAUUCCCUCAGAGCUAGAUGUGUCUCUGAUGUUGGAGUUUGUGGGAGCUGAAGAGGGUAUUAAGAACUAUAAGCCCCUUGAGAGGAAGUACGUGCGUGUGUCAGGGGAAGCCACUGUCCGUCACGUGGAGCUCUUUAUCAGGAGGAAGAUGGAACUGAGUCAAAACUGCAAGGUUGAUGUUGUGUGUGGAGAGCAUCUUCUUGAGCAGUGCCAGUCUUUAAGAGAAGUUUGCAACACCAUGGGAAAAAAUGCGUUGCAGGAUGGCAUGCUGGUUCUGCAUUUCGGACUUGUUCUACCUGCUCAGUAAGGAGGGAAGACAGAAAGACCAACUACUGUGAAAACUACAUUGUACAGUUGUUUAUUUCAAGGGCUAAACUCAAUUUUAUUGUAUAACAGUUAAUCUAUGCAGUGAUUCUUUGUCUUCCUGGUUGCCUUCUGCUCAAAAAGAUUAAGAAUAUGUCAGCAUUUGAGCAAAUGCAUUAAGAAACAGAGCUAAUGAGCUCCAGAAGAUACUGUUUGUUUGUUUGUUUGAUUAUCAGUUACAAUUUCUACGACUUUGAGGGUUCUGUAGAUUUUAUACAUUUGCUAAGAAAAACACAGAAUAAGUCAUUAUUUUCCACCUUGUCCGUUAGAAUAUAUUGUUUGACAUGAAUUUUGUCUUGUUGUGCCUCGUUGAACUGACAAAAAGUAAAUCAGUACUUUAAAUAAUUCACUUAAGUACCUAAAUUCUGAAGUAUUUAAUUCUGUAAGGCAUUUAAGAUGUUCGUUUACUGUCUUUCUCUCCUCAGCUCUUCCAAGGGUCUUUGUGAUUGUGGUUGUCUUUGUUCAUAUUAGGUUGAAAUCUUUUUGUAUUUUUGAGCCAUAUUGUGUUAAUUACAAGGCCUUUGGGGGUAAACAUUUUUCAAAUAUGUGUUUUCAUCUUUUGUAAUGUUGUACUUUAAGACUUCUUCAUUUUUAAAGCAGCUGUACAACUACAUGAUAAACUGUGCAUGGCCAGACACACAUCAUUGCAUAAAUUCUAUGCAAAUAUUGUGCAUCCAUUUUCUUUCAGUCAUCUUUUUAAUUUUGGGAAAUAUUAGUGCUGAUAUUAUUUUUUUAUAAUUAUUUAAUCAAAAAAUAGCCUAAAUGUUAAAAAGCAUCUUUCACCUCAUGUAAUGCUAGUCACCUGUAUAGGUUUCUUUAUUGAAGCUAUUAUCACAAAAUAUUCUGGAGAGUCUGAGGCUCAGUGUAAGAGUGAGAGGAGGAGAGAGCUGCUUCGCACUAACCCACAGGGACUGUUGAAAAUGGUUUCCAAGGUAACUGCCUUAUACACCCUGCAUGAUUUCACCUGUCUGCGUGCUACAUCACAUUAAGGUUCAGAUAUUGUUUAUGACAGUGUAAAUACUGAAGGUAAAAGCUUGUUCAAAUUUAAGUCCAGCUGUUGUUUUUAACACUGUACAAGUAUAUAAUGCUAACCAUUGAUGUAUCUGUUUUAAUAUAUCUCUAUGACUCUUUUACCUUACUCAUGAAUUUUUUAGAUUCAGCACUGUCUUGGUGAUUAUAAAGGAAGCUAACUGACCUUUUUCUAACAAGACAGUGACUCUUAAAAGGGCAUCUGCCAUAUUUUUCGGUGAUUGACAGGCUUUCAAAACAACACAAAGCAGAAGCCCUGUGUCUGAGUGUAGGGUGUUAUAUCUUUAAAUUCUACCUCUUUUGUCUGUGGAGAGAGAAGAAACCUAUUAGCCUAUAAAACGAGGUCACCUUUCUGUCUUGGGUAUAGUUAAUGCAGUUUAGAUGUACAAUUAAAAGUUAAAGGACUGUGAGAUUUUUCUUUAAGAACAUUUUCCUUUUGUUCUAUUUAUUUUCUGAAGGAUCAUGUGACACUGAAGACUCCAGUGAGAAUUAAGCGUUACCAUCACAGGAAUAAAUUGGUAUAAAUUUUAGCAAAUAAAUGCAGCUUUGAGUGUAAAAACUUAUUUCAAAACCAUUCAAAAUCUUACAGACCCAAACAUAGUAAUGUAGCUCUACAGAACAUUGUUUAUAAAGGCUCAAACCAUAAAGAAUAAUCAAAACCACUAUGGCUAAUAUAAAUGAGUUGCAAGUAACGUGCUGAAUCUUGAGUCUUUAGUGAGUUUUAUAAAUAAAUAGCUAUAAAGAGCAGUGGAAUAACAUUAAAA